AUGGACACCUAUUAACCCUAAGGUAAUAACUAGUAACAGAAUCACUACGUGAGCAUACCUAACCAGUAGAAGGACAAAGCUAAGAGGCAAUAGUAUUGUUGUUGUUGUGUAAACAUAAAAUCUGCUCCUACUGCUAUUGGAGUUUAUGACAUAAUAUACUUCAUUGGAAUGGUAUUGCUAGUUGUGAGGUUGUAUUCCAACAAUGGAUCCAGCAUUUUAUCUUUGGUCAAUCUUUUCUUUACUUCUCUUCCAAGAGUGAUAGCUUUUACUAUCUUUACUGUAAAAUCUAGAUCUACUAAGGCUUCAGCUAUAAUGUUUUGGGUUAGAGUAUUAAGUUGCAUUCCGAUUACAUUUAUAUCGAUCUAUCUUUUUCAAUCUAUCCUGAGUAUCGAAACAAAUCCAGACAAGCCAAGUGAGUCUGAUGGUUUGACCUAUUUUGUUAAAUAUGUGCUGAUCAUAUUUUACAUUAUUCCUCAAACACUUAUCUUAUUGUUUGACUACUACUUCUGCUUUGUAUUGAGAAAAAUCAAAAAUGAAAUCGCCAGAGAAAAUAGUCAAAAAAUUUGA